AUGGUCGUUUCACGACUUUCUGACGAUAUUCUGCUACCAAUAGUUGUAGAGAAACUCUCAGUUAGCAAAUUGCCCAAUGCUGAUCACCUUAACACUGUUCGAAAGAUGAAAAAGCUUGGAACUUGGGUUCCUCGUAGGGAACACGUGUGCAGGUUUAUUGGCUGCGGCAGAAAUGAUAGGUUUAAUUACGUUGUGAUGCAGCUUCAGGGUAAGAACCUUGCAGAACUGAGGAGAGCGCAACCUAGGGGAGCUUUUUCGCUCUCGACCACCCUGAGGCUCGGACUACAGAUCCUUAAAGCCAUCGAGUCGAUACACGAAGUUGGCUUUCUUCAUCGGGACAUCAAGCCUUCAAAUUUUGCAAUCGGACGACUGCCGAGUAACAACAGGAAAGUGUAUAUGCUGGACUUCGGCCUCGCAAGGCAGUACACUACGGCAACGGGGGAAGUGAGACCACCUAGGACUGCAGCUGGUUUCAGGGGCACAGUGCGUUACGCAUCUAUCAACGCUCAUAAGAACAAGGAAAUGGGCCGGCACGAUGACCUUUGGUCGUUGUUUUACAUGCUCGCAGAGUUCGUUAACGGCCAGUUGCCAUGGAGGAAAAUGAAAGACAAGGAACAAGUCGGCCUUAUGAAGGAAAAGUACGACCAUAAGCUUCUGCUUAAACAUCUUCCUUCCGAUCUCCGUUUGUUCCUCGACCACAUACAGGGGCUUGAAUAUAAUGACAAACCCGACUAUGGGAUGUUGAUCGGCCUAUUCGAGCGCUGUAUGAAGAGGAGGGGUGUUCGGGAAACUGACCCUUACGACUGGGAAAAGCUUCCGACUGUACCACCUCCCGGGCUUACGUCUCUGCCGACCGCUACCUCCCCGGCUGUUGCCCCGAUCAUCACUGCUACCGAAAACCAUACGACCAAUUUGGACAACGAUCAGGAGAACAUCGAGCCCGAUAAUAGAAAGGAAACAGAGACUGUUGGAGAUUAUGAUGUUGGUGGUAAGGGACGAAGAGGGAUCAUGCCUGUUACGAACAGGGAGAAACAUCACAUUGCCAUCGAUAGAAAUUGUAACGCGACAACUCCUGCUGAUGCAACACCUGCCAUAGCGGGUUCGCCCAAAAAGACAAGACGUGCCGUUUCUAUGCCCGGUACGCCUCAGGCUGUCCAACAGACGGAACGGGAAAGGGAAAAAGGAGUCGACUUCGAGGGAGACGCUGUUAUGGUUUCGGCUCGGAGCCAAAGCGACAGGAGGGUACAUUCGGCCAACCAGAACCAGAGGAAGUCUGCCGAUUGGAGGAGGCGACUGUUAAGCGGGAGGUUUUGUUGCACAGCUGAUGCUGCCCUCGGGCGACUGAUAGCUGGUUCCGGAAGCCGCAAGCAGAAGCAGACGGUCUCCCUCAGCCACGAAGAAGGGGACUCGCCAAGGGCAGACGAUGCCUCUGUCUACUCUGUCGAUCUUAAAACUGGAGAUUACCAAUUCAUGGAGGAAAAAGUCAUCCAGCUUAUAGAAACUGGUCAAUCUGGGAGGAACAUGCAGGAAUCCAUCAAGGAGCCUCUACACUAUAAUAAUUACCACAAAUAUUCGCUAAAAGAAGGCCAAGAAGUAGAAGACUAA